AACAAAUUGUCCACCUCCACAAACUUUGAGGCUCUCUUCACAUAAAGCAAGAGAGAGUACCAAAUCGGAUUUGGAAGUGAAUUCAAGUAGGGGCGAUCUGAAGUUCAAGAACACAGCAAAGGGCAGGCAAAAUGGCAGGCAAGUUUAAUAUCAUACUGCUCGUUGUUGCAGUUCUAGCUGCUGCAUUACAGUGCUCAGUAGCACAAAGAACACAUGUAGUCGGUGAUUCAUUGGGUUGGACAUUCCCACCUGGCGGCGCCGUCGCCUACACCACCUGGGCUGCCAGCCAGACUUUCACCGUCGGAGAUGUUCUCGUGUUCAACUUCACAACGGGAUCACAUGAUGUAGCCCAGGUGAGUAGGACAUCUUUUGAUGGAUGCAACACCGCCAGUCCCAUCUCCCUCGUCAGAAACGGCCCAGCAAACGUCACCUUAAACACUACCGGGGAACACUACUACAUUUGCACCUUCUCAGGCCACUGUAACGCGGGAAUGAAGCUGGCUAUCAAUGUUUCUGCCGCUCCUUCCACCUCUCCACCACCUCAAUCCCCUGUUCCUGCACCCUCCCCCAGCUCUACAAACCCAAAAACUUACGUCGUUGGAGAUAGCUUGGGCUGGACUGUCCCUCCUGCUGGCUCCAUUGCCUACCGAACUUGGGCAGCCGGCAAGACUUUCAUGGUUGGCGACAUUCUAGUGUUCAACUUUACAACUGGAGCUCAUGAUGUUGCUGUGGUGACAUCAAAGGCAGCCUAUGAUUCCUGCAACACCUCUGCCACCGGACCCACAAUGAAAACCGGUCCAGCCAGAAUUACCCUGACCCCAGGUCAACAUUUCUACAUAUGCACCAUCCCUCCUCACUGCUCACUCGGCCAAAAGCUAGCCAUCAACGUCACCGGAACUGCUGCCACUCCAUCGCCAACUCCAUCCGGCCCUGCCUCUGCUCCUGCUCCUUCAUCGACCAGCGCAACUCCUCCUUCCAGCUCUUCCACCCCACCACCCUCUGGCUCUCCUAACACGUCACCUUCUGGCUCUACCACUCCAUCUCCGUCUGGUUCUCCAGGUGGUGUCUCAGCUCCUCCUCCACCAAACUCUGCUCCAUCUUUUGCAGUAGCAGCGUUGCCAUUCACUUUCUUGUCGAUUGCCUUGGCUUUCUUGUAUUAGAUUUAGCUAGCGACCAUUGACGACUUUUAUUGUUUGCGAUUAUUUUAUUUUUGUUACCAUUUUGGCAUUACUGCUAUUGUUAUUCAGAUUGAACCAUUUUGUAUACCAAUAAAAAUAGAAUAAUUACACUGAAUUCCAUAGUUUUCAGUCA